UUCCAACAUCACAAAAAAAUCUUCUGCUUCUUGCAGUAUUGUUGUUGUUGUACCCCUCCCGUCAAGGUAUCCUACUGCAUUGUACCAUACGAUGAAGGAGUCUCUUGUUUGCCUGCUGCUCUUGGUGGCGUUGGUUCCUCUCGAUGCAUAUCGUCGUGGUAGGGACUUUGCGAGGCCUCGUAGCCGAGCGGCACAAGAAUCCGAGAUGACCGUGUCAAACGCUGGCAGUGACCGCUGCCCAUGCCUCUCUUCGGAGGAUCUAUCCGAGUCUUUGCAACAGCAAAUCAUGAACGAUUAUCUGUUUUCCGAGCGAGAUGUGUCUCAAGACUUGAACAUCUACACCAAAGGCUCUCAGUGCGGAUUCCACCAUCGCUCCGAAUCGGUGUGCCAACUCGAUGACGAUCACGAGAGAGUGUGUGAUGAAGAACUGGAUUAUCCUUUCACUUCCCUGGAUGGAGUAAAGGUCGCUGCCAAGUGUCAGAUAUUUCCGCAAGAGUGCGAACGGCAGUUUUGCGUGGUCGACGUUGGAAAUUGUAAUUUGGAUUAUUUGAAGCUCAAUGCGGUAGACAAGGAAAGCAGCACUCUACCUCCAGACUCGUCUAACCAAACAUAUUACAAUACUUCAAGGGUGACUGAAGAUCUAGAAGAUGAUCUCUUGUGGAGUGGAUAUGGGAUCUCGUAUGCUACAUGUGGAUACCUGGACUAUCAGUCGGGAAAGAACAGACAAAAGCAUGUGCUGGAAGGAACUGCAAACCGUACCGUCCGAGUGGCCUUGCUGGAUUCAAGUGCCGGUUGGACCGGCUCUUUUUCGAUCGAUGGGGAAAACUUUGAAGGUCCAUGGCAGAAAUGGCGUGGUCCCACUUUGAACUUUCUACAAAAGGCUUCCCUCCAAGGUGCAUUCUCGCUGAGGAUAGCGAAUCCAGUGCGAGACAAUCCAGAGUUGAACCUGACUGCAAGGUCUCGUGAGUACCACAAUGGCAGCACAUCUCCCUUUGAUCUCUGCGUCUACGUCACAGCUGCUGGCUUUGUGGAUUUGUGUGUGGGAGAUUUCACCAUUACACAGGACAGGAUUUUUGAAACCCGCUGGAUCAAGCUACAAACCAGGUACUUGUACUUGGCAGUGCCUUUUGAAUAUGGGGACCAAAGCGUUUGGGAUGAUGUCAUGACACUGUUCAAGCCUUAUCAAUGGCAAACCUGGUGUUUCAUGUUGUUCUUUGUGGUUCCGAUGAUGACUAUUCUAUUCUUUUGGUUUGACGACGGAAAGAACCACCUUCUCCUCGAUUAUGAACCCAUGUCCAUUGAACUCAGCAGCGCCAAGAGCGACAGGAACCGUCACGGGGAGCCUCCAAUACACAUUGAACUCCAAAACACCCCCUGGUAUGAGCGCUUCUUACGAGCCUUGAGUGUCUCUUACUUGAGUUUGGCCACGCGGAGUUACAGUGUCGAUGCCUUAUCGACUGCUGCCAAGAUCAAUGUCUACGCCUUUACCGUCUUUCUGUUUGGAUUUGGGUUGACCUACACGGCCAAUCUUGCAGCUCAAUUGACUGUUCGCCAGCUUUCAACCCCCGUGGAUAGCUUUGAAGAAGCAUUGGACCGCAACUACAGGUUCUGUGUGACCCGCAAAAAGUACCAGGCAGUGCGUUCCUUUCAUCCGUCCAUUCGGCCGGAUCGCUUUGUGAUGGGUGACGAUGGUUUGCCUGGAUUUGAAGCCACUGAGAGUAGCGAUUCUCGUGCAGAUGUCUUGCGCAGGAUCGACCCGAUCAGGGCAGAGACUGACGAAAGGUACUGCCAUGGAGCGAUCAUACCCCAGGAAGACUUGGAGCAGUUCAAUGCACAGUCCCUGCACUGUCAAAUUAUGAUUGUUGGAACCCAAGUCGCUGCCGAAACGACUGGUUUGCCCAUGAGCCCCGCCACAGGUAGCAAGCUCGACGACCUGUACGACUAUUUGAGUGCGCUCGAGUCGAAGGGCGACUUUGUCAAGGAAUUGGCAGGUGUUCGUCCGACGUCACGUUGCGCCACAAAUGGCAUGACCAACGAGGAAAGUGGCUUUUCUAUUCGUCAAAUGGGUGGUAUCUGGUUGGUGUCCUUCAGCUUUUCCAUUAUUGCCAUUAUCGUGCAUGUUUACUCCAACUAUUUGUGCAAGCACAAGUUGAUCAAGAAGGAUGAGCAAGGACGGGUGAUUCGCCCUGCUGCGUACCGCAAUCAAUGGGGUUCUCCCGUCAACGCCGAACGGGACGCCGUGUUGUUUGUGGACUUUUUCACUAAAGUGGAUGAAACCGGAAAGUACCGCAUGAUGAAAAAUCGAGGAGCCAUGGAUACUCCUGUUAAAGUGGACCCCAGAGAAGGUUACCCUGAGGACCAUGACAAUGACGGUGACGGUGCUUGAGCCAGACAGAUUGCCUCCGUGGCAUCUUGAAUAGCCUUCUUAUUGCGUGUUUGAUGUUGUCAUUACCUGGCAGAUUGCAUCCGUCAGGCGAUGGUACUUUCAUGACUAUAAUACAUCGUUGCUGUGCUCAACCGCCCACCAGCCAAGGUGCAGUUCUUCUCAAGCAUUAGCUAGCUAGCUAGCUAGCUAUUUAGUAAUACAUAGGUCAAGACUUGGCGCUGUCGACAGGAUGAGUACGCUCAGAGG